AUAGUAUUGGAAAAUGAUCGUAGAUAAAAUGUCGUAAAUAAAAUGCCGUAGACAGCUGAGAACUAAAUUUGACGUUGUGCUAGAAAUAUCCAGCCAAUUAUACAAAAAAAGCCAGCAUUUCUCAUUGUUUUAUUUCAUACUUUCAACUCUUAUUUUACCACACAAAAGAAGGCAAAAAAUAAGUAAAUUUACAGAAUAUUUUAAAAUGGCGCUGGAUAGUUAAGCCCUAACAAAAAGCAUAGAGCAUAUAUUAAACUGAGAAAUAAAAUACUUGGAAAAAAAUGAAAUAAAUACUAUGGCUAAAGUCAGACCGUUAAAAAUAAAGCUACGUGAGAUAUUGCUUGUUUCUCGACAAUUUACUGAUGAGCACACGUACUGAUUUGGAAGCAUAGCUUUUUUGUUGUUGUUGUUUGCUUGAAUCCGGCCAUACACUAAAAGUUCUUUUCUUCGAAAGUUUGUGUAUAAAUUCAGCUGUUAUAUAUUUCUCAGAAGUCUCACUCCGAACAUCUGUUUUAAUAGCCAUACCAUGAUUUUUAAUCAGUGGCGAAUCUCGGGAAGGGGUCUGGGGGAGCCCGCCCCCCACCUCCCCCUUAUUUUGGGUGAAAAAGAAGAAAUGACUGAAGGAAGAAAAGCCGCCGGCAGGGCAAGUGAAUCAAAACCACCACCCCCGGCCCCCCCGCUUAGCUCAAAGUCUGGAUCUGCCACUGUUAAUCGUUUCAUUUCAAGUAGCGAGGCCAAAACACUGAUUAGAAGUAAUUGAGUUUUGACGAGCCUCUUGGUGGAACAAAUCAUGUUACAUUAUGUUUAAAAUUCUAAACAUCAAUUCAAAGUAUUAAUUUUAGUGAGGAGCGAAUGAGAUAAAGAAUAUGACUUCAUUGAAAUGACAUCCCAACUAGUGUGGUAGAUGUCUGUAGCAUAUAUAAUAUUUGUUGCUUAAAUUGUUUAGUUUGCAUUUAAAUUCAUCCGUUUCUCACCUAACACAUAAUACAGACUUCAUUUUCACGCAAUUUAUUUCCUUUCAGUUUACUUUAUGCACCGUUGCUUGUUUCUACUGGAACAUUCUGUACGAUAAUGAUGCCGACCUUAGUCGCAAAUAUUCGACGCCGGACCUCCUGGGGGGUCUUUACAGAGCUUUGUGCGGUCUAGACGCCUCUGUAGCGGACUAUAGGGAAUGCAUAACGCCGUAUCUAAUGAAGAAAACGCAAACGCAGAUUCAUCUUGCAUCUUCAGCAUCUAAACGAGUUCAUAGCACUGAGAAAACCGUAUAAUGCUUAAGGCGUAUAACGCUGCUAUCAAUCUACCUCCUUUACAAACACCACGGCCUCGAAGAGUUCAAAGUCAUAUCCCAACUUAUAUCCCAGCCUACACAAGCCCGCGAAUUAUCAUCAACGUUAGCGGUAUGCGUUUUGAGACGUACGAAGAGACCUUGGAAAAUUAUCCGGAAACGCUACUCGGCUCUCCGACGAGACGACGAGAAUACUAUAGCUCGUCGGAAGGCGAAUACGUCUUUGCGCGAGACAAACCGUCGUUCGACGCCAUUUUGUUUUUCUACCAAUCGCGCGGCAUUCUUGCCAAACCAGACACUGUCAGCGAGGAGACGUUUUUGGAAGAAAUCGAAUUUUACGGUUUAUCUAGCAAUUAUUAUUCAAUCCACUGUGAUGAUCUAUCGAGCACACACGAGGAUGUGGAGGAAAUUUUGCCACUCAGCCCACACAAGCGAAAACUUUGGUUAUGGUUUGAGUUCCCGCGAUCUUCCCAAACCGCGCGCGUGCUUGCGCUGUGGUCGAUUUUCGUCAUAAUUUUCUCCACUGUUGUGUUCUGCAUCGAAACUAUUCCACAGCUAGCGAUCGAGCCACGCAUCAUUUACCAAAACAUCAGCAAAGACGGAAAGUAUGUGCUUGAAGAGCACAAAGAGCCAACUGUGGAUUACUGGUUCGUAAUGGAAGGUAUUUUUGUGGCAUGGUUUACAAUUGAGUAUUUUGUACGCCUCUAUUCGGCGCCAGUUGUUUGGAAUUUCGUCAAGUCCACAAUGGGAGUACUAGACGUUCUCGCCAUCUUUCCAUUUUACGUAACGUUAGCGCUUCAACAGAGCACCGAUGAAGUUCGUUCGUUCGCCGUGUUGCGCGCCAUCAGACUGUUUCGCGUUUUACGUGUGUUCAAGCUUUCGCGGUACAGUGAUGCUAUCAAGCUAUUAGUUAGUACAUUAUGUUCCAGCUUUGAGCAACUCAAGACGUUAGGAUUUUGCUUCGCGGUGUCCGUGGUGAUAUUUUCCAGCGCUAUAUUCUACGCCGAAGGAGGUUCUAACAUACCGAGUAUUCCAGACGCCUUCUGGUGGACUGUGAUCACAAUGACCGGGGUGGGGUACGGGGACGUGACUCCCCUCACCCCUAUGGGGAAGUUUGUGGGUUCGUUCUGUGCCAUGAGUGGGAUAGUCUUCUUUUGUCUUCCUACACCGGUCUUGGUCUCGAAUUUUAUCAAGUUUUAUCUAAAUUACGGUAAUCUUAAUGAACGGAAGAAAGCUUUCGCUGAGAAUCUUAAACAGUUAUUUCUCAGGCCAAACAAAUAAUAUAAUAGUAACAAAACUUAGUUAGAAUGAUACCUAGACCUUUUUCUAAAUCUGAGACCUUAUCUCGCAUUACGUCGAAAUUUAGCCCACAGUUUUCACUUUGUUUCUUUCAAUUUUUCUUAAUCAAUAAUCUUCCUUGCUCCUUUAUUUCAUUGUUUCUUUUUUCUGGAACUGGCCUGUGGUGAUUUUCUGUCUUAAUAAAAUGCUAUUAUUUUAAAAUAUACUUUUGUAUAUCGGAAAGUACAACUUGGUAUAUCGCGAGAUAUAUAUAGCUUCUUUUGCGAAAUGAGCUAACAUGGAAUAUUCUCUCUAGUCUUUUUGUCGACUGAGAAGAGAUGCUAAUAACUGAAUUAAAACCCGCAACAACAAUGAUUCGUUGGAAUCUGGGAAAAAUAUUCUACGACUGAGAUAACGACAGGUUAUUCUCAAAGGAAAUAUAAUAUUAAACUGGCGUUGGUCAGAAUGUUAAUGAUACCUUAUGGACAAAUAAAUUUCAAAAAGAGUGGCUUGCGUUUCCAUCAGGUUUGCUUUGGACUCGUUCAUAGAAUUCCUUUUAAAGUGGCGCAGAUGAUGGCGCAGUGGCGAGAGCGCUCCCACCAGCGUGGCUUGGGUUCGAUUCUGGCCUGGCGCCCUAUGUGAGUUAAGCUGGUUGUUGGUUCUCGCCUUGCUCCGAGGGUUUUCUCCGGGAACUCCGGUUUUCGUCCCUCCACAAAAACCAACGUCUCAAAAUUCCAAUUCGACCAGUAUAGAGGACCUGCAUGAAA